GCAGCGCAGCGCACAGCACCGCACCGCACCGCACCGCACAGGCGGACGAGCCCGGGAGCAGAGGAUCCUCUGCUCCCGCGCUGCACCCUCCCGAGCUCUCUGCACCGCGCUCCAGCCUCAGUGCUCCUUUGCUCCCUGCUCCUGGGCUCCGGGCUCCAGGUUCAGUGCUCCCCGCUCCUGUGCUCCUUUGCCCUGCGCUCCCGUCCUCCCUGCACCCUUGUUCCGUGCUCCUGGGCUCUCCUGUGCUCCCUGCUCCUGUGCUCCUUUACUCUGUGCUCCACGAUCAGUGCUCCCGUGCUCUGUGCUCCUUUGUGCUCUGUGCUCCUUUGCUCUGUGCUCCCUUGUUCUGUGCUUUCUGCUCGGUGCUCCCUGCUCUGGGCUCCUGGCUCAGUGCUCUGUGCUCCUUUGCCCCGUGCUCCUGUGCUCUGUACUCCUUUGCUCCGUGCUCCCUUGCUCUGUGCUUUCUGCUUUGUGCUCCCUGCUCCGGGCUCCUGGCUCAGUGCUCUGUGCUCCUUUGCCCCGUGCUCCUGUGCUCUGUGCUCCUUUGCCCCGUGCUCCUGUGCUCUGUACUCCUUUGCUCCGUGCUCCCUUGCUCUGUGCUUUCUGCUUUGUGCUCCCUGCUCUGGGCUCCUGGCUCAGUGCUCCCUGCUCCUUUGCUCCCUACUCCUGUGCCCCCUGCUCCUGUGCCCCCUGCUCUUGUGCUCCCUGCUCCAGUGCUCCGUGCUCUGUGCUCUCUUGCGUGCUCCCUUGCUCUGUGCUCCAAGCUAGUGCUCCCUUUUCUUGUGCUCCCCGAUCUUGUGCUCCAUGCUCUCUGCUUCAUGCUCUAGGCUCAGUGCUGCCCGCUCCCUAGUUCUCUGCCCCUUUGCUCCCGUGCUCCCUGCUCCUGUGCUCCCCGCUAGUGCUCCCCUCUCGUUAGCUCCGAGCUCCUUUGCUCUGCGCUCCCACGCUCCUGCUCUCGGUGCCCAGGGUGUGAGGCCCGGGGUGUGCCCCCCGCCCCGGGCGGUACCCUAGGCCAGAGGGUGCCCAGGUGGGCGCCCGGGGCGCGAGGAUGUCCACGCUCCGCGCCCUGGCGCUGUACGAUUUCCGGUCGGAGAACCCCGGCGAGAUCUCCCUGCGGGAGCACGAGGUGCUCAGCCUCUGCAGCGAGCGGGACAUCGACGGCUGGCUCGAAGGCGUCAACAGCCACGGACAGCGGGGCCUCUUCCCGGCCUCCUACGUGCAGGUCCUGCGCCCCGCCGCCGCCGCCGCCGGGGAGGCCCCCGGGACGGCCGCCCAGGCCCCGGGGGUCCCGGGGGUCCCCGGGGGCCCGGCCCGCUACGCCAACGCGGGCUUCCCCCACCCCGGGGGCGUCCGCUACGACCCCCCGCCGCCGCAGCAGCGGCUCAGCCAGGGCAGCGAGGACGACGAGGACUACUGGGACGACGACUGGGACGACGGCCCCGCGGCGGGCGACGAGGCCGGGGCCCCCGCGGCCCCCGUCCCGGCGGCGGGCGGGGGGCGGCGGCCGGCGGCCGGGGCCAGGGGCUCGGCCACGGUGGGCCGCAACCUCAACCGCUUCUCCACCUUCGUCAAGUCCGGCGGCGAGGCCUUCGUGCUGGGCGAGGCCUCGGGCUUCGUCCGGGACGGCGACAAGCUGUGCGUGGUGCUGGGCCCCCACGGCCCCCAGUGGCAGGAGAACCCCUACCCCUUCCGCUGCACCGUGGACGACCCCACCAAGCAGACCAAGUUCAAGGGCAUGAAGAGCUACAUCGCCUACAAGCUGGUGCCCACCCACACCCGGGUGGCCGUCCACCGGCGCUACAAGCACUUCGACUGGCUCUACGCCCGCCUGGCCGAGAAGUUCCCCGUCAUCUCCGUGCCCCACCUGCCCGAGAAGCAGGCCACCGGCCGCUUCGAGGAGGACUUCAUCUCCAAGCGCCGCAAGGGCCUGGUCUGGUGGAUGGACCACAUGGUCAGCCACCCCGUGCUGGCCCGGUGCGACGCCUUCGCCCACUUCCUCACCUGCGGCGCCGACGAGAAGGCCUGGAAGCAGGGCAAGCGGAAGGCCGAGCGCGACGAGAUGGUGGGGGCCAACUUCUUCCUCACCCUCAGCACCCCGCCGGCCGCCGCCCUGGACCUGCAGGAGGUGGAGGGCCGCGUGGACGGCUUCAAGGCCUUCACCAAGAAGAUGGACGACAGCGCCCUGCAGCUCAACCACACGGCCAACGAGUUCGCCCGCAAGCAGGUGACGGGCUUCAGGAAGGAGUACCAGAAGGUGGGCCAGUCGUUCCGGGGGCUGGGCCAGGCCUUCGAGAUGGACCAGCAGGCCUUCUCCGCCGGGCUCAACCGGGCCAUCGCCUCCACCGGGGACGCCUACGACGCCAUCGGGGAGCUCUUCGCCGACCAGCCCCGGCGCGACCUCGACCCCGUCAUGGAUCUCCUGGCCCUCUACCAGGGACACCUGGCCAACUUCCCCGACAUCAUCCACGUCCAGAAAGGUGCUCUACCAAAGUAAAGGAGAGUAAGCGGCACGUAGAGGAAGGGAAAAUGGAGGUCCAGAAGGCGGACGGCAUUCAGGAUCGUUGCAAUACAAUUUCUUUUGCCACCCUGGCCGAGAUCCACCACUUCCAUCAGAUCCGAGUGCGAGACUUUAAAUGCCAAAUGCAGCACUUCUUACAGCAGCAAAUCAUAUUUUUCCAAAAAGUGACCCAAAAGUUGGAAGAAGCACUUCACAAAUAUGACAGUGUCUAAUCUCCAGAUGUGGAAUUUGGGACCUUUCUCUGAAGGAAGAUGAUUUAAAGCAGCAGGGGUGUGAUUAACUGCUUUCAGAGAACUAUUGCCAACAGUUCUGGGGUGGUACAAGGAUGGUUUUUGUGUUCAAGUGGAGCCCAGCUGAAUCUAUAUUAUGUAGGGAAGACACAAUUAAUCUGGUUACGUAAUAGAAACAGUACCACCCAUGUAACUAAAUUAUACUAUGUAUGCCUAACACUACCAUUGUAACUCUUUUGGAAUAAUGAUUAUACUAUUUGCCUUAUUGCUUUUUCAAGUAUGGUAUUUUAGUGCAUACUUUGUAAGACCUCAGAACCCAUUAAGGGUCUUAAAAAGAAACUGGCUAGGUGAAAGCCUGCUUGGGAUGCCUUUUAUUCUUGGUAGAUUUGGAUUACCGAAAUUCAACCCAUUCUCUGUUUACAAACUCCUACUACUUAGAGCAGCUAUGCGACUUUGUGCCUUUAGACUCUUCUCCCCAACCCUUUUUUUUUUUUGGAAGCCACAUUUUUACGAUUGAAAGAACGAAGGGUGGAUGCAUGGAAUGACAAACUGAUAACCUCAUAUUGAUGGAAAGAAUCAGUUGUCAUCAACUUGCACAGCAAGUAAUUAUCUCCUGACAAAAUGCUGGCUGAGAAUGCAGGAUCUGAAAUCAAUGCCCCCAGCUGCGAAUGAAGACUAUUUAUUAUGCAGAGCAAAACUGUAAAUGUUCAAGUUAAAUCACUGCACCAGCAUCAGAAUCUUGCCUAUCUUAAGCCCUUCUCUAAAUUAGAAUACCAGAUCGGCAGUCAAGUUGUAAAGAACUUGUCUUAGAAAAUGGAGAAUGCAAAUACAGAGUCUGUAAGAAUU